CGUAGCUACUACACGUCAGCCCAUUGUAUUUCGCAGGAGUGGCCUAUCUUGCUCUGCUCUAAGAUCUUUGCUUCUCUCCGCCGCCGCCGCUCCCUCCACCAGCCCCCUCAUCCCCGCUGCCUCAGCGCUCGGCCCCGCCAUCUCCCUCAUCCCCGCUCUCGCCGCCGCCAUGUCGCUGCAGUUCGAGCUGUGCCCGGGCCGCUCGGUGGGCGGGCAGCACCCCUGCUUCAUCAUCGCCGAGAUCGGGCAGAACCACCAGGGCGACCUGGACACCGCCAAGCGCAUGAUCCGCAUGGCCAAGGAAUGCGGGGCCGACUGUGCCAAGUUCCAGAAGAGUGAGCUGGAGCACAAGUUCAACAAGGCAGCUCUGCAGAAGCCGUACACAUCGCAGCACUCGUGGGGAGCCACAUACGGAGAGCACAAACGCUUCCUGGAGUUUAGUCACCAACAGUACCGUGAGCUGGCAAAGUUUGCAGAGGAAGUUGGCAUCUUCUUCACAGCAUCUGGCAUGGAUGAGAUGGCGGUAGAAUUUCUCCACGAACUUAAUGUGCCUUUCUUCAAAGUUGGUUCUGGAGACACCAAUAACUUUCCGUAUCUGGAGAAGGCUGCCAAGAAAGGGCGGCCGAUGGUAAUUUCUAGUGGCAUGCAGAGCAUGGAGACAAUGAGGAAAGUGUACCACACGGUGAAGCCCAUCAACCCCAACUUCUGCUUGCUGCAGUGUACCAGUGCCUACCCCUUGGAGCCUGAAGAUGUCCACCUGCGAGUCCUCACCGAAUAUCAGAAGGAGUUCCCGGACAUUCCCAUUGGAUACUCAGGGCAUGAGACUGGAAUAGCGAUCAGCAUUGCAGCAGUGGCCCUCGGAGCCAAGGUGCUGGAGCGUCACGUGACCCUGGACAAGAGCUGGAAGGGCAGUGACCACCAGGCGUCUCUGGAGCCGGCCGAGCUGAGAGAGCUGGUCCGCUGCAUCCGCACUGUGGAGAGGGCCCUGGGCUCUCCCCUCAAACAAAUGCUGCCCUGCGAGGUGGCCUGUCACAACAAGCUGGGCAAGUCUGUUGUUGCCAAGGUGCCCAUUGCAGCAGGAACGAUGCUGACACUGGACAUGAUGACCGUGAAGGUGGCAGUGCCCAAUGGUGUGGACCCCAGCCACAUCUUCAACCUGGUGGGCAAGCGGGUGAAGGCAAACAUUGGUGCUGAUGCAACGAUCACGGACGAUGUGGUGGGAGAGCACAGCUCUUGAGGUGCACACGGAGUGUGUAAACCAAGUGAGCUCGCUCUCCAUCCCGCCACAUCUGCCUUUAAAUUAAAUCAAUCAUUUCACACAUUAUUGAAUGAAUCAAUGAAAUUAAAACCAAAUGCUGCUUCAAA